AUGGACGAAGAUGACCACCAGCGAGGGGCAAGGCCCGACCCGCGAAAAAAGCGAAAGCUAAUCGGCUGGUUCAAACAUAUUUUCGCAAAGCCAGCGACUGGCAAAGCGUCCACUGCUGGCCCCGAUGAACAGCAUCAGCUCCCGUCACCCCAAGGGUUGCACCAGUCUUCAUCAAUCGAAGAGUACAAGCGAUCGUCGAAGCCUGCCCCUAGGCGGUCAGGUAGAAUCAAAGACAAGCAGCCGCCGGUCGUCUCCCAGGAACCUGCACUUCUCGACGAGACGAUACUCUUAGAGUUCGACCAAUAUGUCCGUCGAGCAUGGAAUCCCACACCGAUUCCGACAGACGAGCGUCUCAAGGGAUGGAGCGAUCUUCGUCUCGGAGAUCUCUUAAGGCUCGAGCUGCCAGAGCAUCUUUCUCUGGAAGUGGCAUCCAAACGAUACUUCGAUCUGAUGCGCAUCAUAUUUGCAGGGGAACCAGAGGCGAGCCUCCAGAUCGAGCUGUUCAGUAACGGCUGGAGGUCUCCGGAAGCCUUUGUGCGCGUGGAUGCGUCGAGACGAUUGGGGGGUCUAGUUGCAAUUUACCGCACUCGCGUGGGCAAUCUAUCACAUCAGCACUCUCCGUACUCGCGGGUAAGGGAACCCACUCAGUCUGCUGUGGCGGAUGCGCUCUACUCGGCGACCAAAAAGUUCAAAAAGGAUGGAGAGAUUGCUCCAGCCUUGAGAUACAUUGCAGGCGAAAUCGUGAACGAGCCUGGUGUCGAAUCAACGCAACACAGCGAGCGAGAUCCACCGGAACCGGUAACCUCAGAAGCCUUGUCUACGUUGGGUGUGGUCGAGGCCAACAUCUCCACUUCUACUAUCGUGGGGGUGCUCAUGGUGGCGAAAGUCAAGCAACUCCAGGUCGAUUCCGACGUGAGGAUCAGAUCAGUGUGGGAUGCGAAGAAGCAAUACGAGCAGGGGCUAUCACAAUUGAUCAAGUCGCUGUACCAUGCUUGGGAGAAGUUUGGAACCCGGUUCGGUCUCUUUGUUUGCGGUCCUUUCUUUGGCAGACUCCUCGUCACCGACGACAAGGGCAACAUUGCCGUGGAGUGCAAACCUUGCGCAAACGUUGGGCAAGAGUACUCCUCCCUGGGUUCUUACUUCAAGGAGUUUGACUACCUCAGUCUACCUCACUCGCUGCUCCUUUCCUAUACGGAAAAUCCACAGCUUGCCGAACAGCUGGGUGUUGAUGACCCGUGGCCUUUGCUCAACCUGGAAGGCCUGCGAAAAUUCGAGGAAUUGCGCACCCACGUCUUCAAGUCUGCUCUUGACAUGAGAGUCUCUGCGGCCCUUGGCAAGCGGUGUGAUUCCUCUCCCACUUCUACUUCAGCCCAAGGCCAAGACUCCGGCUUCCCGACUCUCUACGACCUUUCUCCACAGGACAAUGCUGCCAUUGUGAAGGCUGUUCUUCGCUCUCCUAUCCAUUGGUACAUCAGUGCCCGACGAGACGCCAAGGACAGGGUCGAUGAGCACGACGUUAAAAGAUUCCUCCAAGCUUUCAAAGCACAUGUUUUAUCGUCAUCCUCGUCGCAUAAAGAUCCUGGUAGUCACAAUCCUGACAACGGAGAGGGAGAUAAUCGGGGUCGUGAGGUCGACAGCGAUGAGGGUCACAAGGACAGUCGUCACGGGCGCAGUGGGGGAUAUGGGGGAUAUUGGGGCGGCGGCGGUGGUGGUGGUCAAGGCGGGAAAAAGGCUACGGGGGCCAAGUCCGGAGGGCCGCAAGCGAAGGAAAAGGACUUCGCAGUCGGGACAGCGGCAGGUGUAGAUCCGACAGCGAUGGUAGUCCGAUCUGUUUGUAGGCGUGCAAGUGUGGGUAGAGGAGUGGCGGUUGCGGUGGCGGCGUCAAGGGCAGUGGGGAGGGAAGAGGGGACAGCGUGGAAGCAAGGAUGA